AUGAUUGAUAUUAGAAGAGGACUCAGUGUUCCGCAACUGAAAGAGAAGUUUAUCCAGAUUUAUGGGGAUGGCACGGAUCCGAAUAAGAAAUAUUUCCCCCAAGAACUUUAUUUAAUGCGCAAUCAAUUACUACCAGCAAUUGCUGCUUGCGAAACUCUGGAUGCUGAAUACCAAGGCUACAAACGGCGAUUAGAUACCAUUAUCAACAGUUUAUUUAAUCUCGAAAAACAGGGGCUUAUUGUGAAAGCCGCGUUAACCCAAAUCAGUAACUUUCGCAAACUAUCACCCAUCGAAGACCAAGAAUUAAAUGACAUCACUGAUUUCUUAGAUAAUCCGGAAGCACCAACUACUGAACUAACGGCCCGGAAACUAAAAAGAGUCUUGGCCAAUUCUAGUUUAGGAGAUGCCGAAGUAACUAAAUGGCAAACUACCCAACGCUUUCAAGAUAAAAUAGCCAUUGAAAACUUAGUGCGAGAUUACCGACCAGGUGCUAGUGAACCCAGCCAAAAAGCCAGCCUAAUCAACACGAUGAAGGCUUAUCGGGAUGCUGAUAAUCAGGCCUUAGAUUUAACCCAGUAUUGGGAUGACGAAACUGAUGACAGUAAAGUAGUAGCUGGAAUUAAGAAAUUCCUGUACGAAGAAGCGGACGGGAAAGCUCACCAACUGGCUACCCAAGGCCCAACGGGACCAGAAACUCCUACUCCCACUACCGAAAGUGGUCACUGGGAAAAAUACAAACUGUGGUAUAUUGCCGGGGGAACUAUUGUAUUAACUGGUAUUGCCAUAGCCAUAGUCUUCUGA